UGGUGACCCCGUCAGCGCCCGCUGCCGCGCUUGGAGAUCCCGCCAGCGCCCGCUGCUAGCUGACCGACCCCUUGCUGGCCGGGGGCGCUGCUGGCUGACCGACACGUGGCUGCCAUGGCUGGCCCGUUCGCCGUCAGGCUGCUGCUGGCCCUGCUCAUCCUGCUGGCUGUCUGCGCCCAGGCGGAGCCGCGCGCUCAAAGGUCCUUUCGCCGCCACACCACGUUGACUCGGCUGGAGGAAACGCUGAAGGACCUGCAAGCGAAAUACGCCAAGAUGAUAGUGGAACAGAAGAAAGUGGAAAAAAUCGUAGAAAAAGUGGCGAACGUGACAACAGACGCGGCGUGUCGAGCCGGAUACUCCGGAGUGGGCCACAAGCUCUGUCUGUCGACCGUGUCUUCGGUCCCGCUGGCCCGGCAGCGGGCAGCUGCCAGCUGCAAGGACAAACACGGCCGGCUGCUGCAGCUGGAGACCAGCCGCAAGUUCCAGAUGGUCAAGCUGCUGCUGAUGGACGACCGGCCGCUGUGGGUGGGCGCCACCUACCGGGCGUCUCCCAAGGCAGACUUCUUCUGGGACGCCGGCGGCACCCGGGUGCAGGUCAAGGUCGAGGGGCGGGCCGACGACGGCGCCACCUGUGUGGUGCUGACACUGUUCCGGUCCCCUGGCCACCUGGCCGCCCUCGACUGCCGAUUUCCCCGCUACUUCGUGUGCGAGCAGGCCGACUGAACGCGGCGGCGUCGAAACGGGAGUGGCCUGCGAGUCUAGACAUGCAUGUUCCAGGCUGCAUUUUGGGUGACUUCUACUGGUAGUGACUGCAUGGAAUUGGAGAGUGCGGGGGGAAUCGGAGGAUUCGCAUAGGAGCGUUCAUUUGGCAUGCACGGGUUUAGUGGGAUGUGUUGUAUGAGUGAACUGCGGACACCUAACCACAUAUCGCGUUCGUCGCAGACUUCUACGAAGCUCAUUUUACACUUUCACAGCAUUCGGCGACGUGGCACUAGGCACGUGGCAAACCUAUACUAUCGCCUGUAUUAUCCAAGAUGGGAGAGUAAAAUGAAGCUGCCAAUCAGACAGUGAGGCGCCAUUUGCAUGCGUCAGGUAUAAUAGAUAGCCAAUCUAAGGUUUCGACAUGCGGGUUGGAAAUGUAUAGACAGAUUACUUAGGAGCUAGAGGAUUAACAGUUUUUUGUAGCCUACGGGCCCCAACCAUACCGGGAACCACAACCAUUAUUGCCAUUGGAGCUUGAAACUGACUGGAGUCGAGUGGGUGGACCUAGGAAGCUAUGAUUCGUCAGUUGCGGAACACACUGCAGGCAUCGACUGGUUUGUGAACUGCGGUAGUUCCAUUGCACCUCUAUUCCCGUUCCACUGCACCUCUAUCUCCGAAGCAUAGCCACUACCCGGGUCCCUAAUAAGCCUCCCAGUCGUCGGGGACAGGACAAUGCCCUGGUCUCGCUUUGCUGGAGUGCUGCGCCGGAACUGAUGACAAUGCAAUGCAUGUACCGCAUGUUGGGACGCUAAAACCGACAAUACACCAGCCGCGCUGCUGA